AUGGAUUUUAUUUGGGUCGUCUAUGAUAGGCUGACAAAGUUUUCUCAUUUCAAAGCUCUGCCAACAAAAUUUUCUGCCAAGUAUCUAGAUCUUGAUUUCUCUAUCGAGAUCUGCCAUUUACAUGGUGUUCCGACAUCCAUUGUUUCAUAUCGUGACCCACUUUUCCUUAACAUCUUCCGGAAGGAAUUGUUUCGAGCACAAGGAACAACACUGAAAUAUUACUCCGCUUAUCAUCUUGAAACAGACGGCGAAACAGAGGUGGUUAAUCAUUGCUUAAAAACUUAUUUACGAUGUUUUAUAAGUGACAACCUUAAAGCUUUCCGUGGCAAGGAUCUUUCAACUCAUUUUACUCUUAUUCCCACCGAUUUGGAAGGAUCUGAGGAUGAAACUAACUCUCUCACACGCUCUCAUGCAUCUCCUUCAUAA